CCGGACCCGCCGGGGCGCGGCGGCGCCAGCUUCCGUGCAGGCUGAGGAGGUCUGAAAGGAGGGGGCGGGCAGGCAGAGGCUGGAGUCGGUGACACCCCCUCCUUCCCACGCUGCGAGCGCCCAGACGACGGCGAGAUGACGGCUGGGAGCCCCGGAGACCGCGGGGAGGUGCGGAGGAGCCCCGAGGGCCGCGUCUCUCGCCUGGGCCGCCGCCUGGGCCGCCGCCGGCGCCCGCGCUCCCCGCCCGAGCCUCUGCGGGUGCGGGCGCGGCUGCGGCUGCGCUCGCCGUCGGGGGCGUUCGCGGCGCUGGGGGCGCUCGUGGUGCUGGUGGGCAUGGGCAUCGCCGUGGCCGGCUACUGGCCGCACCGCGCCGGGGCCCCGGGGCCGCGCGCCGCCAAUGCCAGCGCGCCCCCCCCGAGCGAGCUGCGACGCGAGGGUCGCGGCGCCGGCCGGGCCCACGGCCCGCACGAGCGGCUGCGGCUCCUUGGACCCGUGGUCAUGGGCGUCGGCCUGUUCGUUUUCAUCUGCGCCAACACGCUGCUCUACGAGAACCGCGACCUGGAGACGCGACGGCUGCGCCAGGGGGUGCUGCGGGCCCAGGCGCUCCGGCCCCCUGACGGCCCCGGCUGGGACUGCGCCCUGCUCCCCAGCCCCGGACCCAGGACUCCCCGAGCCAUCGGCUGCACGGAGCCGGAAAGUUGGGACCUGUCCCCGCGUCGGGGCACGUCACCUGUCCCGUCAGUGCGGAGCCUGCGUUCAGAGCCUGCUAAUCCUCGCUUGGGGUUACCUGCCCUGCUCAACAGUUACCCGCUGAAGGGCCCGGGGCUGCCCCCACCCUGGGGUCCACGCACCCAGACUGGCCAUGUGAUUAUCACCGUGCAGCCCUCUGGUUCCUGCAUCGAACAUUCCAAGUCUCUGGAUCUGGGCCUUGGGGAGCUCCUGCUUGGGGCCCCAGCAGCUCGGGACUGUGCUCACCGGAGCUGGCCACGGCUGGACCGCCUCAGUCUGGGGGGCUAUGCCAAGUUGGGAGGAGGAGGGGACUUGGGAGCCCGGGUUUGAAGAGCAGGGGGACAGCCUGCUAGGAGGCUGCAGCAUGGACCGUGCUAACAGGACCAGAAGUCCCAAUGCCCAGUAGAUGCAUCAGCCACGUCCCAGACGAGAUGGAUGCUCUGGCCGCAGCAGCUGCUAAGGCUUCCUGACUUGCAUGUCGGCAGAGAAAUGCCAACUGCACAAGGGUUCAAAAAGCUGGAGAGAGUGUGUUUUAAAGCGGAGCCUGGAGACCAGCAUGACUCGGCCUCGGGAGCUCGUUAAGCCUCCAAAAGUGACCUUAGCCUUGGACAGGUACCUGAGGGGGCUGGAGGUCCAGGUCAGGGUCGCUGGGAGAUGCAGCUGGCGUCUCAGCAAACCCGAAGUGGUGGGCAACGACCCCUAAGACUUGGAAGGUAGGUUGGCUGGGAUGUCACAGGCUGGGCCGGGCUCCCUCCACGGUGGCACCGGUUGUGGGGUUGGGGAAGAUGGGCAACGGGGCUGAAUUGAGACCCUCCACUGCCAUCUGGGAUGGGGACUGAGGCUUUACCUCCCACCACCUCAGCCCUUCUCUCCCCUCAGCCCUGCAGGGUCCACCCCACUAGGGCUACACUACUGCCAAAGCCUUCCUACUGAGGGUCGGGCCCCUCCCUGAACAGGUCCGAGGAACCCCCUUCUCUCCUUUGUCACAGCCUGUGCUGCAAAAUCUCCACCCCGCCCCCCGCCCCCCGCCCGGCUGGCAAGAAGCAUUUGCCAGUUCUCCUUUUACACAGCGUUGAAGCUGCAUUUUGGCCAAUGUGGGUAGCUUACUUUAGAAAAGGGCUUGAAUAGGGGUCUCCCUUCCCCAUGUUUCGUUUUUCCCAGGUUGCUGGUAGGAGAAGAGAACUUUCAAAGUUGAUCAAUUCUCACAGACUUUUUUUUUUUUUUAAGUUUAUUGAAAAAUGCAAUA